AUGGGGUCAGCAGCAAGCUUUGCGAAGACAAUCCUCAUCCCCGCCUCAAUCUCCCUCGCACUCUACCUCCUCCUCUCAUUCCUCAUCAUCCCCUUCUUCCGCCACUACCACCAGCGCUACUCGCAGUACCUCCCACUCGACACGAUCUCCGCACACACCUCCACCCUACGCGACCGGGUAGCCGACGCCAUGAUGCGCUUCUUUCUCCCCACGUCGUGGCGACGACACCAGCUGACCGAUCAUAACGACAAUAUCAGCAUAUUGGACGAGGAGGGUGAGAUUAUGGUGGGCAUGGAUAUGGGGCCUGGGCGGCGCGAGGCGCUGGAGAGGGGGAGGCAUUCGCCGGCUGGGACGGAUAGUCGGUUGAGUAGGGAUUUGGAGGAGGGGUUUAUGGAUGAUAGUGAUGAUGAGGGGGAUCCGAGGGGGGGUCGUCGGUGA